GACCGCAAAUACAACGUGCAGUCAACGUAAAGUGUUUAGCUAAUGCUAAGCAUAGUGUGCUAACCCAUCGGCUUCAUGCAUACUGUAACGUUACCUCAUACAGUUUAAGGGCUGUCAGCUUCGGUUUAGCUGAUAUUGGUGUAAAGGUGACGGUCGAUGUUUACUAGAAAGCGAUGCCUGUAUCGUCUGCAGCAUGAUGGCCAGGUCAUAUUGUGAAGGCUACGGCUAAUGUCAGCUAACUGCUAAAGCUUCGUCAGAAGAUGAGAGAUAAGCUGCGUAAAUGGAGAGAAGAUAGCUGCAGAAAUAGUGAGCAGAUCGUGGACGUUGGAGAAGAGCUCAUCAGUGAACAUGCAUCAAAACUGGGAGAUGACAUAUGGAUUAUUUAUGAGCAGGUGAUGAUCGCAGCGCUGGACUGCAGUCGGGAUGACUUGGCUCUGACCUGUCUACAGGAACUGAAGAAGCAGUUUCCAGAUAGCCACAGAGUGAAGCGAUUGGCGGGGAUGAGGCUGGAAGCUUUGGAAAGGUAUGAUGAGGCCAACAAGCACUAUGAUGCCAUUCUCCAAGAUGACCCCACCAACACGGCAGCAAGGAAGCGCAAGAUUGCCAUACUGAAGGCCCAGGGGAAGAGUGCUGAAGCCAUCCGGGAGCUCAAUGAGUAUCUGGAGCAGUUUGUUGGGGACCAAGAAGCGUGGCACGAGUUGUCCGAGCUCUACAUCAACGAACAUGACUAUGGAAAAGCUGCAUUUUGUCUGGAGGAGCUGAUGAUGACCAAUCCUCACAAUCACUUGUACUGUGAGCAGUACGCUGAGGUGAAGUACACUCAGGGGGGCCUGGAAAACCUGGAGCUGUCCAGAAAGUAUUUUGCCCAGGCACUGAGGCUGAACAACAGAAACAUGAGGGCAUUGUUUGGUUUGUACAUGUCUGCAAGUCACAUCGCUGCCAGUCCCAAAGUUAGUGCCAAGGUCAAGAAGGACAAUAUGAAGUAUGCAGCUUGGGCUGCCACUCAGAUAAACAGAGCCUAUAAGCUGGCUGGUCGUGGGACCAAGGAGAACAAAUGCUCCAUGAAGGCAGUGGAAGAGAUGCUGGAAUCUAUGCAGAUCACCAUGUCCUAAGUUCCCUUGUUUGCACCUUUUCUUCCUCGCUCCUCUUCAGACCUGGAGCAACAUGGCAGAUCAGACAGCUUUGUAAUGUGACCACACAACUUAACUUAUACAAUGAGUACAAAUUCCUCCAGACUGGACUGUACCAUGUUCCCCUGUCUCGUAUUCUUUUUCUUUUCACCUCGAACUUAUAUCACCAAUUUCCACAUGCACAUCAAGGUUAUAACCAUGUGACCGGGACAGAUAAUAUGCUGUACAGUAAAUACUAUUUAUAGACACUGUGGAGAAUCCCACUUGUUGGCACUGAGGUCCUUUAAAGUUUCUGUACUAACUAUAAAUGGAACAUCAUUAUCUAAUAAAAGUUUUUUUGUUAAUUUGUCAGAUUUAUCAAAGAUCUUAAUAAAAAUACUGUAGCACUGA